GACUCAUAAAUGAACACAAUGUGUGACUGCCGGUGAUAUGGCUGCUAUCUGAUUUGUUUAAUUGCAGUUAGUGUUUAACCUGAUCCAGUAUUCUGUUCAUAGAUAGCAUACAGGUGAAUGUAAAGCUCAGAAAUGCAGCUGCAGGAGUUCAGUUCUUGCUAAACCGGUCGUGGUGAGUUAAUCUGCGUACAGAAAUUCCUCAGUGUGUUUCUCACAGGUUUGAGUGCAGCUUUUAUUAACUUUCUCCUCCAGUUUUAAUCCUCCUUAAGCUCAGACUUCACUCUCUCCUGGUUCUCUUUUAUCCCAUCCCCACCUUCGUACCUCACGGAACAGACUGAUGCACUCCAAAAAUGACUCAGAAACACACCGUGGGUUCUUAUUAGGUUACAAGACAUUACAGGAGCUCAUUUGGUACUUCAAAAACUUGGAAACAAGAGGUGUAUUCCUAAUCCUAGGCAUAACUCUGUACUAUUAAACUUUACAUCGCUGUUUACAGAGACCUUGAGGGUGACAAUUCAGGAAGUUCUCAGCCUCACCUGGAAACAAACAGAAGGCAGAACUCCCAUUUUGGGGUGUAACUGUAAAAUAUAAAGUCUGAUAUCAGCGCCCACUGAAGCACAAAUGUUUGACACAAUCAAAGCAAACAGGAGAGGAAAGUUUGGAGAUGAAUUGUUUCACCAGAGCGAUGCGUCCGUCCAGCCAUCCAUCCAUCCAACCGUCCGUCCGUCCGUCCAUCCAUACAUACAUACAUACAUCUAUCCAUCCAUCCAUCCAACCAACCAUCCAUCCAUCCAUCCAUCCAUCCAUCCAUACAUCUAUCCGUCCAUCCAUCCAUACAUCCAUCCAUACAUCCAUCUAUACAUCCAUCCAGCUAUCCAUCCAUACAUACAUACAUACAUACAUCUAUCCAUCCAUCCAUCCAACCAACCAUCCAUCCAUCCAUCCAUCCAUACAUCUAUCCGUCUAUCCAUCCAUACAUCCAUCUAUACAUCCAUCCAGCUAUCCGUCCAUACAUCCAUACAUCCGUCCAUCCAUCCAACCAUCCUUCCGUCCGUCCGUCCAUCCAUCCAUCCAUCCAUCCAUCAUCCAUCCAUACAUCCAUACAUCCAUCCAUCCAUCAUCCAUCCAUACAUCUAUCCGUCCAUCCAUCCAUACAUCCAUCUAUACAUCCAUCAGCUAUCCGUCCAUACAUCCAUACAUCCGUCCAUCCAUCCAACCAUCCUUCCGUCCGUCCGUCCGUCCAUCCAUCCAUCCAUCCAUACAUACAUCCAUCCAUACAUACAUACAUCUAUCCAUCUAUCCAUCCAUCCAACCAACCAUCCAUCCAUCCAUACAUCCAUACAUCCAUCCAUACAUCUAUCCAUCCAUACAUCCAUCCAGCUGUCCGUCCAUACAUCCAUCCAUCCAUCCAUCCAUCCAUACAGCACAGGGAGCAGAAGCAACCAAAUGUGGAUUUAAUCUGUUGCCCCGAUGCAGUUUACUGAUCUGACCUGGCAUUUGUAGAAGUCACACAGUGACGGAUGCAUUGUCCUGGACCAGCUCGCCUUUUUGCUUUGAUUGCUGCAAACGCUGGGGUUCUUGUGGACAGUGAUAUACUGAUUUAUAGAAUAAAAUGGGAGUUCCACCCCUUUUUUCCAGGCGAGGCAGAGAACUUUAAGAAAUACCCAUAUCAGUUCCCCUAAAAACUUUCCUCUCCUGGCAAAGAAAUGACUAAUACUAGUGUUUUUGUGAACAGUUUUGCCCCAGAAUGGGAGUUAUGCCAUUUGUUUCCAGGUGGGACCAAGACGCUUUUAAAGUACCCAUAAUAAUUAUCCCUGAAGCUCUCCUUGCAAAGAAAUGACAUAUAUAUUUGGGUUUUUGUGUGCAGUGGUUUAAGACUUUAUAGUACAGUUCUGCUCCAGACUGUAAUGGUUCCCAUUGAAGCUCUUCUUGCACGGAAAUGACAACAUUCACUCCAGUUUUUGAGAUGUAAGGCUUUAUAGUGUGCAGUAGUGCCACAAAAUGGAAGUUAAGCUUGUUUUAUGCUUGAUGUGUCCGUGCAGCUCCAUGCGGACCAAUUACGUCAUUUUAGCCACGCCCCCUCAAACCGCCCUUCUCAAGAGGAAAAUUCCAAACUUUUUCUAACUACGUGGAUGGAGACGUGGAAAACUGGCAGAAGAACAGGAGCUCCUAGCAGAAGUUCAGAAAUCCAGACAUUUAUAGAUUCAUCACACAGAGAUCACCGUGGUAACCGGGUUAUCAAUGAUUCAUGGUGGGAAAUUAAAACUAACUGCUGUAAUGCAGCUAUUCGGUAAAAGGCCAUGUUGUUGGGAGCAGACGGAGGAUAAAAACCACACGUUCUCUCGAGUGGAUUUCCAAGCGUCUCUGCUCGGCUCGUUUGUGCAGAAAGCAGAACACCCCUUUGUUUUCAGGGCGUCCUCUCCAUCUCCAGUCAUGUCGGCUGACGUUCUGCAGCGUCUCAGCACCUUCACCCUGAGCGUCAAACACCUCGGCCGCCUUCCUCGCCUCUCCGACCUCAUCCCGGCCUCCCUGCCAUCGCCCAGCCCCACCGUCACCGUCUCCCAGGUCCCCAGCCUCUUCCGAGAGCCCUACAUCCUGUCCGGAUACCGUCCCCUCCGGCAGGACUGGCGCUGCUACCUCCUCAGCGUCUUCCAGCGGCACAACGAGUCGCUGAACGUGUGGACUCACCUGCUGGUGGGUCCGGUGCUGCUGCUCCGCUGGUGGGCCAACGUUAGCGCCCUGGGGUUCUCCCUGGACGCAGCCUCUCUACCUCUGAGCCUCUUCCUGGUGUCGGCUCUCACCUACCUGAGCCUCAGCGUGGCGGCUCACCUCCUGCAGUCUCACUCUGAGCAUGCCCACUACUUCUUCUUCUUCCUGGACUAUGUCGGAGUAGCCGUGUACCAGUACGGCUGCUCUCUGGGUCAUUAUUUCUACACGUCGGAGGCGGCGUGGAGGGAAAGCGUCGGGCUGCUGUUUCUACCUGGAGCCGGCUUCUUCGGGUGGCUCUCCUGCGCCGGCUGCUGCUUUGCCAAGUCCAGGUACAGACGACCGUAUCCUCUGAGGCGUAAAGUCUGCCAGCUGAUCCCCACCAGCAUGGCCUACCUGCUGGACAUCAGCCCCGUCGCCCACCGACUGACCACCGUCUCCUGGACCGUGGAGCCCUCGCAGCCCUUCCACGCCCUGCAGAUCUCCUCCUUCCUGCUGUCCGCCGUCUUCUUCUCCUGUCCCAUCCCAGAGUGCUUCUUCCCGGGCCGGUGUGACUUCGUGGGCCAGGGCCACCAGAUCUUCCACCUGUUCCUGUCCCUGUGCACUGUCUUCCAGCUGGAGGCGCUGUUCCAGGACUACAGCAGGCGGAGGGACACGGUGGUGGACGUGUUUGGAGAGAGGCAGCUGUGGUGGGCUUGUGUCUCCUUUCCCAUUCUGUUCUUCUGCUGCUUCCUGACAGCUCUGAUCACCAUGAGGCUCGUCAACGAGGAUCUGCAGAGGAAGCAGGAGAGGGAAAAGUGUUUAUAAAGACGUGAAAGGGGUUUGAGUUGUACCAAAUAAUAUGAGUCUAACAUUAAUAAUGAAAUGAAGCUGUCCAUCUGUGUUAUUGCUGAACAGUUUAACCAUCUGUAUGAGAAAAAUGUGAUUAAAGUACUUGAACAAUAAAAUAAUGUGAAACACUUU